UCUUAUAGACUCUGAGAUAUGGAGGAAAAGUGUUGAUACGGACAAUCGGGAACAGACAGACAGAAUAUAUAUUUUAUGGUGUCCGUGAUGACUUCUUUUGUCUGUAAGAUUUAUUUCUUAUAGUUCCUGAAGUUAUAAUAACCCUCUACCCAACGGAUACCGGCUAUAAAAACGCGAACCUCUCUUUCUAUUUCAUUUUUUUUGUCCAUCUCUCUCUUUACCAGUGUAUCUGUUAUGAGUUUUGUUCCCUCUAGUCGAAGCAAGUCAUGCGAAUCCAGCAAUAAUUAAGCAUAUGGAUAAAUGAAUAAACAGGUGCUAAAUAUAUUCAAUACUGAUGAGGAUCUCCAGUCGAUUAUAUUAUAAUUAAUAUAGCUGUAGGCACCUUGCUUCGUCUAUUUCACUUUGCACACACUGCAAGGUAUAGAAAGUAAGAAAACUACAGUCGAGUGUGCUCAAUUGUGAGAUACCCCGUAAUCACUUUUCAUAAAGGAAAAGCAAUGCGGUAUUAAUUUCUAAAUAUACCAAACGAAUAUACCACAAAAAUACUAAAAAAAUACCAAAAGCUAUGUUUGGUAUAUUGGUGUAGUACUAAAUGCAAAAUAGUGAGUAUACAAAUAGUCUCCUUACCCGCUUGCACCUGGUGCCCCUUCAAAACAAUGUCGUAUGGCGCGCCUUUUUAUCCGCCAAAUGUCCAUUAAACGUUUGAUUUAUGCGUAGUCAGCAUUUUAGCGUGUUGACAUUAAAAUGGAUUAAUUCAUCAACAUACUCGUAUGGUGUUGAUAAUGAUUGAUGAAAUGUGUCUGCUCUGCAAGGUGCCACCAGUGAACGGUAAACAGUUGACAGGAAUACAUGUCUCUGGCCAGAGUUGGCUACGCAGGUCAAGUUCGCAAUUAGACCUUGGCAUAUUCAGGUCACUAUCAAACGCUGCUUACUGAAUACUACUACUAGUUGAACAACUUUGUAUUGCAGUAUCUAAAUUGGCCCAAUCGAUGAACAUUUAAUUGUAAUUAGCUGAUUAGAUUAACGCAUUAUCUACACACCAUAAAUAUAAAACAAUACGCGUUGCAUCAUUUGCACGCAGUGGCCAUGGAUAUUUUGGAUGCGGUGGCGCCGCUGUUGCGUGUCUCGCAGCUGUGCAACCUGUGGCAGUGGCGCGUAGACCCGUCUGCUCGUCUGCUGCAACGUUUCCGUUGGCUCGAGCUCUACAGUCUGGUAAUUCUCUUCGCCUCCAGUGGCUACCUUUUGUACGGCCUGUUCGAUGAGAGUCGCGAUGAGAGUGACGAGGGCGGCAAUGAGACGAGCAACAUUGGCCACACCGUCGACUACAUACAGCUGGUGGGGAUACGUGUGGCACACAUCACAUCACUACUCGAGGCGCUGUGGCAGCGUCAGACGCAGCAACGUUUCUUUGCCCAGCUGCGGGAAAUUGAUCGUGAUUUUGCCAGCAUGCUGCACAUCGAUGUGGACAACGCCAAGUUGCGACAGCAAAUGACACGUCGUGGCCUUUGGAUGCUCGCCGGUUAUAUUAUCAGUCAGAGCUUUAUCAUUGUAACGAAAAUGUUUUCACCCGAUCACAAGUUUCCCAUCUACUGGAUCUGCUAUCUGCUGCCCUUGCUUGUGUGCGGGCUGCGUUAUUUUCAGAUCUAUACGGCCGUACUAAUUGUCCACCAGCGUCUGGAGUUGCUGCACAAGCUGUUGGAGUCGCUGCAACUGAAUGAGGCGGAUCCACAGAAACCAUAUGCCUGCAUGUGCAUCAAGGAGGCGCUACAAAUGCAGGUGGCAGCCGCAGCAUGCAUGCAACGUCUGAUCACCGCAAGAAUUCUGUAUCAACGCCUUUGGCUAUUGGUGGGACUCUUGAAUCGCUGCUAUGGCCUCUCGAUGCUGUUCAAUCUGGGCAAUGAUUUUCUGGCCAUCACCUCGAAUUGUUAUUGGAUUUUCUUGAAUUUUCGCCAAUUCGCUGCAUCACCAUAUGAUUUCAUGCAGAUUCUGGGCAGCACUCUUUGGACAACUCCGCAUCUGGGCAAUGUGCUGGCCUUGGCCCUAAUGUGUGAACGUGCCGCGUACUUUACCACUCGUUUGGCCUUGAGUCUGCAUCACAUUCGUGUCGAUCUGCAAAACGACAGCCACAAUGCACUUGUAAGCUUCAACUUCUAUUGUCCUUUCUUACUUGUUCGUAAUAAGCUCCUUUUACAGAUCACACAGUUUUCGCUGCAACUGCUGCAUCAACGUCUCUGCUUCAGCGCCGCCGGAUUCUUCAAUGUGGACUGCACGCUGCUCUAUACGAUCGUAGGAGCUACCACAACGUAUCUCAUCAUUCUAAUACAGUUUCAUAUGAGCGAGAUUAGCUUCAGCAAUGCAUCAGAUGGCGCAUAAAUUGGACAGUAAGAAU